AUGAAGAGCCGUGGAAUGCACGUGCAGCGCGCCCACCCAACCGCCGCGCUGCACACGUGUGCGCUCGGUUGCGGCUUCGAGUCUGACAACUCGAAGACCAAUCUCAACCACGAGGAGAAGGCGCAUGUCGACGGCCCCGAUGCCGUGAUCUGCCGCAUCUGCGAGAUCAUCUACACAAACUCACGCAUGCUCACCAACCACCUUAAACGUGAGCACGGCAUCGAGGAGCCAUGGGCCUGCGUGGAGUGCCCGUACCGCAGCGGAGACAUGACGAGCCUGAAGAACCACGUCUGCAACGUACACGAGCCUACUCCUGACGCCAGGUGCGGUAUCUGCGGCUGCAAGGGACACGGGCGGCUGGAAGCCACUCGACGACGCACCCAAGCGCCUGGUGGCCUGGUGGGGCGGGCAGGGGACCCCCCCGUUGUCCAGGUCGUCGACGAUGGAACGGGCAACCUGCAGAUCUCGCAAGCCCUCAUCUCGCCGGCGGGACGUGUGAGCUCGACCGCCCCUCGCGACCUCGCUGUUCAUAUCAAAACCAUCACAGCGAAUGGCCAAGUGAAACUGAGCCCGGCGACGCCGUUCUCCCAAAUGUCGACGGCCAUCAAGCUCGCCGACAACCCGCAGUACAAGCUCUCCACCAAGGCCGGCGAGACCAAUCCCAAACAGCUAUUCUUCGUAUCUUACGCGCCUGACCGACUGACAGAAAUUUGUCAGUAA